AUGAAGGUUCCGAGUAAAAGAACUUUGGUCGCCUCUGUCUCUCGUCUUCUCCACACGGAGAGAGCUACAGACAGACAAAAGCUAACGACUUUGUUCAACAGAUAUGUCGACAAGACAGAUGUCUUCUCAUGGAACUCUGUCAUCGCCGAUCUCGCUCGUAGCGGCGAUUCUGCUGAAGCUCUUCGAGCUUUUUCCUCCAUGCGAAAGCUCUCUCUUUACCCUAAUCGCUCUAGUUUUCCUUGCGCCAUCAAAGCAUGUUCGUCUCUGCUUGAUAUUUUCUCCGGCAAGCAGACCCACCAGCAAGCCUUCGUCUUCGGUUUUCAAUCCGACAUCUUCGUAUCUUCGGCUUUGAUUGUUAUGUACUCUACUUGUGGACAACUUGAGGAUGCACGGAAGGUGUUCGACGAAAUUCCCAACAGAAAUAUUGUCUCUUGGACGUCAAUGAUUAGAGGGUAUGACCUUAAUGGCAAUGCCCUUGAGGCCGUUUCUCUGUUCAAGGAUUUAUUGGUCAGUGGUGCUUGUGGAGAUUAUGAUGAUGACGACGCUUCAAUGUUCCUCGAUUCCAUGGGUAUGGUUUCAGUCAUUUCUGCUUGUUCUCGUGUUUCUGAUAAAGGUUUAACAGAAUCAGUUCACGGAUUUGUGAUAAAGAGAGGGUUUGAUAGAGGAGUUAGUGUUGUUAAUACUCUCUUGGACGCUUAUGCCAAAAGUCGGGAAGGAGGUGUGGCUGUGGCGAGAAAAGUAUUUGAUCAGAUUGUGGAUAAGGAUCGUGUUUCGUAUAACUCGAUCAUGAGUGUGUAUGCUCAGAAUGGAAUGUCUAGUGAGGCUUUUGAGGUUUUUCGCAGACUGGUAAAAGAUAAAGUUGUGACCUUUAACUCCGUCACACUGUCCACUGUGUUGUUGGCUGUAUCGCAUUCAGGUGCUCUGCGUAUUGGCAAGUGUAUACAUGAUCUGGUUAUACGGAUGGGUCUUGAGGAUGAUGUAAUAGUGGGGACUUCGUUAAUUGAUAUGUAUUGCAAAUGCGGAAGAGUUGAGACAGCAAGAAAAGCAUUUGAUCGAAUGAAAAACAAGAAUGUUAGGACGUGGACCGCCAUGAUUGCUGGAUAUGGAAUGCACGGCCACGCGGACAAAGCGUUAGAGUUAUUCCCUGUUAUGAUCGAUUCAGGAGUUAGACCAAAUCACAUUACUUUUGUAUCGGUAUUAGCUGCUUGUAGUCACGCGGGUCUUCACGUCGAAGGCUGGCGCUGGUUUAACGAAAUGAAGGGAAGAUUUGGCGUUGAACCGGGGUUAGAACACUACGGUUGUAUGGUUGAUCUUUUAGGUCGUGCAGGGCAUCUUCAGAAAGCUUAUAAUUUGAUACAAACGAUGAAGAUGAAGCCGGACUCUAUCAUCUGGAGCUCACUUCUUGCAGCUUGUAGAAUCCACAAAAACGUGGAGCUCGCGGAGAUAUCCGUGUCACGUUUGUUUGAUUUGGACCCUUCGAAUUGCGGUUAUUACAUGUUGCUUUCACAUAUCUACGCUGAUGCAGGGCGUUGGAAAGACGUUGAGAGGGUGAGGAUGGUAAUGAAGAACCGUGGAUUGGUGAAACCGCCUGGUUUUAGUCUACUUGAGUUGAAUGGUAAGGUUCAUGUGUUCUUGAUCGGAGACGAAGAGCAUCCUCAGCGCAAAAAGAUUUACGAGUUUUUAGAGGAUUUGAACAUGAAGCUGUUGGAAGCAGGUUACGUGUCUAACACGGCAUCGGUGUGUCAUGAUGUUGAUGAGGAAGAGAAAGAAAUGGCACUAAGGGUUCAUAGCGAGAAACUAGCGGUUGCGUUUGGGAUCAUGAACACGGUUCCUGGCUCGACGGUUAAUGUGGUUAAGAAUCUGAGAGUUUGCAGCGAUUGUCACAAUGUGAUCAAGCUGAUUUCGAAGAUAGUUGAUAGAGAGUUUGUGGUUAGAGAUGCGAAGCGGUUUCACCAUUUCAAAAAUGGGUUGUGUUCUUGUGGAGAUUACUGGUGAUUGAAUCAGAAUCAUAUUCAUAAUUUUGAUAUUUAUAACUUCAUUU